AUGAUAACUUCUAUUCCUAUCCUCUUCAGCGCCGCCUUGGGUGUCUCUGCUCAUCUCGGUGGCUAUGCUCACUGGGCUGCCCACCACCCGCGACUGUUUGCCAGGGCCAACGACCCUACCAUUACCACUGCCACCACUACUAUCACUCAGUACGUGACUCAGGUUGCCAUUCCAGCCACUAGCUCUUCCAACGUCGCUACCUCUACAGAUGAUUCUUCUGGAGACUCCUCCACCGCCACGUACCGCGACUUCUGCGCCAAUAGUAAGUCGAGGCGUGCCACCGUGGAGCAGAUUGCUUACGAGGGCAAUACUGGAACCGAUAACGACUACGGCUGCAACAUUAUGGAGAUUAACCAAAGUAUCGCCUCCAAGUACAAGUACACGGCCACCUUCAACAACGCCGUCAACCAGGACCAGGCCUGUGUCUGCUUCAACAAGAUUGGUCCUAACAAGACCGACACCGAUGGUGGCAUCAACGGCUCGUGGGAGGGUAACGAAGCCAUCUCUUUCACCCUUCCCGCCAGCGGCACCAAGGUUGCUGCCUUUGAGGGCAACUCUCAGGGUGGCUGCGUCUGUGGCGUGGGUUCUGAGGUUCCCACCACCUCUCUCGGCCAGUUUGCCGGCACCUGGUUCGAGUUCGACUUUGGCAACGAGUCUAACGACAACUGGUCUGGUGCUGAUGCCUCUUGCCUGGUGGCUUCCGCCAACGGCCUUGAAACUCCGGCCCUUAAGGUCUGUGGGUCCGGUAUUUGCUCUAUUAUCAACACCGAUGGCACUGGUGAGAACGCCUAUGUCAAGGGAAUAGAGGCUGAGGAUGGUGUGGGCCUGAACCUUCCUCCGGGCAACGUCCACCUUACUCUCACAGUUGGCGAGUGA